AUGUUGCUGCUUCAGUGCAGAAAUAGAAUCUCUUUUCCUAAACUACACAACUUGGUACCAGAUGGGAAAAUGAAGAUUUUCCUGGUCUUUCUAGGUCUGCUUGGCAAUUCUGCUGCUAUGCCAAUGCCCAUGCCCCGAAUGCCUGGAUUUAGCAGUAAAAGCGAGGAGAUGAUGCGUUAUGGUCAAUUCAACUUUAUGAGUCCCCCAUAUAUGCCACCUAUGAUGCCUUACGGAAACGGUUUGCCAUUUCCUCAGCAGUUCCCACAGUUCCAGAUGCCUAUGUGGCCUCAGCCACCACCCAGUGGAUGGCAGAAUCCCCCAACACCCAAACACCAGGGCAAGGAUGAUCAAACCCCUGAUACCCCGAAAUCCAACCAGACCCAGACAAACAACGCAACCCAGAAGCAGCCUUCAACAUCCCCACCACACGAGCCAACUCAGGGCAAACAGGAGACCCCACCACCUCAGCCAUUUCCAUUUGGCAAUGGGCUAUUUCCCUUUCAACAACCACCAUGGCCAAUUCCGCAGAGGGUACCACCACCAGGGUUUGGACGUCCACCUCUCAGCAGUGAAGAUGGAGGAGGAAAUCCUUAUUUUGGAUAUUUUGGAUAUCAUGGCUUUGGGGGUCGCCCUUAUUAUUCAGAAGAGAUGUUUGACGACUACGAAAAGCCUAAAGAAAAAGAUCCUCCCAAAGAGGAGAGCCCAGCCACGGAAACCUCAGCGAACGCCACCAUCCCGGAGACGAAUGCCACCCAGCCAAACUCAGGGGGGAGCCCAGGGGGAAACGACACCAGUGCCACGGGAAGCAGCGCCCCUGGGCGGAACCCCGGAGGCAACCCCACCGCUCAGAGCAGGGUCUUCCCUCUCCCUAGAGUCAAUGCCUCAGGCCCGGCAGCUCCCAGAAACCAAGUCCCAUGGAGACCCAGCCAGCCACACAUUUAUAAAAACUAUCCAAAUCCGAACAUCCGAAAUCUUCCUGCCGGUAAGCCAUGGCCCCCCACCACCGGUCCCGUGACACAGCCCAGACCCUUUGGGCCUUUUUACCCCAAUCCACCGACCCCAAGGGGUGCUCAGUGGAACUCCCUUGCCUGGGAAGGCAAACCAGGGAAUCCCACGGCUCGCCCAGCGAGUCCCACGGCUCGCCCAGGAAAUCCAACUUACCGAAAGCCUUACCCUCCCACGCCAAGGGUCAGCUAUCCCAGCUAUGCGGGCAAUCCAGCCAACUUCAGAAGGAAACCUCAGGGACCCAACGCUGCCUCCCUGGGCCCCAAACAGGGCCCUGCUGGCCGCCAGGAACAAAUGCAAAACCCAAAGAUCAAGUUACCAGGUCAAAAAAUCACCCCUGCGAAGGCCACACCUGCCCCCUGGAGAAAUUCCCAGCAACGCUACGGAAUUGACCGACCAAAUUACCCAGUGCCCGGCCCGGAGGGUCACAUGCUAGGCCCAAAUUUCAACUCUGUCAAUCAACGUGAAAACUCCUAUUACCCAAGAAGGGACCCCAAAAGAAUACCGAGUUCCAAUGCGCAAACCCAGAGCCAUCAUUUACCCAAAGGGAUCGCUUUAGAGCCGAGAAGAAUCCCUUCUGAGUCCGAAACGAAACAGCACGAAUCAAAGCAGAACACACACCAGCCUGUGCAUCCUAAGGAAACCCCUCCUCCCACAAGAGGACGUUUUCCUGCUGGAAGAAACACCUGGAACCACCAAGGAAGCCCUCCACCCUUUAAGGAGGACCCUGGGAGGCAAGAAAAACAUUUACCUCAUCCGCCCCAUGGCUCUAGCAGAAACGUUUUCUACCCUAAUUAUGGCCCUUAUUAUCCUAGGGAAAACGCAUUAGACAUCGGAGGCAAUGUAUGGGAUGAGAGAGUGGAUGCUCCCAAAACUCUGAGGCAGCCAGAAAAUUCACGGUAUGUCAUGAACGCUCUGGACCAGAAAGACACACUUCAUUAUAAUGAAGAAGACCCGAUUGAUCCGACUGGGGAUGAAUCUUUUACAGAACAAAACAAAUGGGGUGAGGAUGAGACAGACUAUAAAGGAGGCUCAACAGUUAGGCCUUUCAAAGGUGGACGAUAUGCCUCACAUCAAGCAAAGGAAUAUGUCCCCUAUUCCUUCGGCAAUCCAUCAAAACCCAGGGAAGAUUUUCCUUAUGGUGAAUUUUAUCCCUGGAGUCCAGAUGAGACUUUCCCACCGUAUAGUCCCGGCCCCACUCUGUCACCACCUGUGGAGAAUGGGUACUAUUAUCUUAAUAAUGCUAUUGGACAGGAAGAAAGAACUCUCUUCCCUUCGUUGAACUCCUGGGACCACAAGAUUCAAACCCGAGAGCAAAAAGAAAGAGACCCAUAUUUCAACAAAAUUUUCUGGGAGCAGUCAACAACUUUACACGCAGCUAAUCUACCAGACCAAAAUGAGAACUAUCUCUAUCCCAGGAAUUCCCCAGUUGGACUUCAGAAAAAUCCAACGUGGCAUGAAGAUGAGAAUUUGAACUACGACUUGCAAAUUACUAGGUCAAAUUUACCAGAAAGAGAACCUUUGGCUUUCCCAGAUUUAAUUCCUCAAACUUACCCAUCAGGUCAAAAAGGAGCACAUUUAUUUCACCAAGGCCAGAGAGGUUCCUGCUGUAUUGGUGGCUCCAUAAGGCCUAAAGACAAUCCAAUGGCUCUACAAGACUAUACAUCGUCCUAUACUCUUGCCCUAGGAGAGAAUCAAGACACAAACCCUAUGUAUACCGAAAGUAGCAAUGCAAAAUACACAAGAUCUGUUGUCUCUCCCACAACUAUCCUACCUGAUCAAAGAAACAACUCAGAGAAGGAACUGGCUGGAGAAAGGCAAAGCCCAAGUCUUUUUAGAGAUGACAUGUCCACUGUGAGAAGGAAUACACCGUGUUCUGUAAAUAAUCAACUGGGACAAAUCGGAAUUGUGUCCUUUCCUGAUGCCGGCACCCUUCAAUCAAAGAAUGCACCUUGCCUCAAAAAUGAUUUGGGAGGAGAUAGAAAUAAUGAUCUGGAACAAAUUUUUGAGAGCAACCAACCUAACAAAAGAACUGUUGCCCUUACUCCGGAACAGCUUGUUAUUGGUACACCUGACAAAGAUCCCAAACCAGAAGUCAUUCGAAAUGAAAUUGAAGGAAAAGACAACAGAGAGCAGCAAAGACCACCUAAUAUCUUGAAGGUCCCGUGCGUUGGCUCCAAAUUAACAAAGCUUCAAGACUCCACUACAGCAGCAACGCCAUCUAGCAACAGAAGGCAAAGCUCAUUUGGUAGUGAUCUUUCUAUGCCUACUGAAAGUCCUAAUACAUUAGUUGGGUUAGCUACAGGGGAACAAUUUAAGAAUAUAAAUGGAGACCAACUUGAUACAGAUAAACAUACUUUGUUUGAAUCCUUUCAAGGAGGUAUCGACCUAGAGGACCAAGCAGAAGGCUGCUUAUUACUUCAGGCCUAG